GGACCCACAAAUCCCAUAGUGCAACGCGCGCGCAGCAAAUGGUAGUGGGAGGUGGACCGACGCGUACGGCAUCCUGGGAGUUGUAGUCUUUUGCUCAAGUGCCCUCUGAGCCUGGCAGGAGCUGUGCGCAGGAGCAGUGAGCUGCGCAAGGUGAAUUGACUUACAUAUGAUUGGCUGUCCGGAAAAAAUGAAGUCUUCGCGGUCCUGAGCAGACGCCCACGAGGAGGCGGGGCUUCUGGGCUUUGGGCGCGAGCGGUUGAAAGAUAGCUGGUAUCGGUUCGGCUGCUAAGGUCCGGUUCCGCGGGCCCAGCCCUUCUCCAUGGCAGACCCCGAGGAGGUGCAGGUUUCUUCGCCGCCCCCGCCGCCUCCCUUCUCUCCUUCGUCUUCAGACGCCUCUUCAGCAUCUUCCCCCGGCGUCCCGGUGAGUUUGGGCUGGCCGGUUCCGAGCAGGAGCAGCAGCCGAACGGUGGACCCGCUGGAGGAGGUGGAGCUGCAGAUCGGAGACGCAGCAUUCUCAUUAACCAAACUUCUUGAAGCCACAUCUGCAGUAUCAGCUCAAGUGGAAGAACUUGCCUUCAAAUGUACAGAAAAUGCACGUUUCCUCAAAACAUGGAGGGACCUUUUGAAAGAAGGCUAUGAUUCUUUGAAGCCUGACAACUGAUUUGGCUGUGUCAUAAUUCACGCUUCCUCAUUUAUGAUAUUUGCACAUGUACCAUAUGUAUAGGACAAGCUCCAGCAGUUCUGUAUACUCAGAAUGAAAUUUUUCUUGGUUUUCUUCACUUUUGGGAAAGCAGAAUACUGAUGUUAUUUUUGAUGCUGGCCAGUAUUUGUUUAUCUUUAAAUACUUUCUGCCCUCUAAACUUUUAAUAGAAUCCUUUAUGAAAGUUAAUUUCAUCAGUAGAUAAUAUUAAUAAGGCCACAGUGUUAGCAGUAGCAAACUAGGUGGACCAUUAUUCUAUUUGCUUUGCCAGAAGAUGCCAAGAAUGGCAGAGUUUGAAGUUGAGCUUCGUUUUAUGGACCAAGGGAGGUAACUUCUAGGUUACCAAUGUUAGAUCCAGCUCCAUUAGGCUAAGUUCCCUAGAACCAACGAUUGUGUCUUCUUUCUUUUUCUAUCCCCACCACCUAGAACAGUGUCACACAACAAUCACCAAGUA